UGUCAGUUUACAAUCAAAAUACGUGUUCUUACAUCUCCUUGAUAUGUUUUAUUUUCCUUGCUGUUCAUAUGCUUUAUCUUCACUUGAUAAUCCAACAUGUAGUUAUUGAUAUUAUUGGUAAUCAGAAGCGCUUGUUACAGUGAUACAACUUAUUAACAAAAUGUUAUUUAUUUUUUUAAUAUUCCAACCGAUUUUUUGCUUUAAAUGACAUAACCUACUUAAUAACAAUUACAUAUAAUUGCAAUGACAAAAAUAACGGCAUGUAAAAUUUUUAAUCAAAUUGAUAACAAAUAUUAUACACUUUACGUAGAAUGGUUUAAUUUACAUUUUAAGGUAAUGCUGUUAAAUUCAACAAUGUCGCCUUUAAGUGGUGAGAUGAGCACCAAAAAUAUAAAUGAUUUUUCUAAUGAAUUAUCUAAAUCAUCUGAUGAGUAUAUCGAAGAGACGAAGAAAAUACUAUGUGGGAAAGAUACAAAAAUUCAGUUUUUCCUCCAAGACAAAAUUUUAGAGUGGAAAAGUAAUUUAUGGACUCUUGGAAGAAUUGAAUUGUGUGUUAUUUCAGAUUUCCAAGUAAGGGAAAGUUUUCAACAAUUGCUGAAAUUUUGUCAAAGCAUUCAAGAUAAGAUGACAGUAUUAGAAGAAGAAAAUAAAAAUUUAAUAAAUGUAAAUAAAGAAAUAAAUUCAAAAAUAGAAAAAUUAAUAGAAAUCAAAAUUACUAUGGAACAGGAUCUUUAUAAGAAGUUUAUAGUAGUUUUAAAUUCGAAGAAAAAGAAAAUUAAAGAAUUACAAGAUGCUAUAAAAAAGAAAGAAAAUGUUAAAGAAUCAGUUUUUGAUGCAUGUACAGAUGAAGAAUCUGAGAAAGAAGAUGAAACUGUGAAAGAUAUUUCCACAAUUAUCAAAGUUAGCAAAAGACCUAAUUAUAAUAACCCAAAAAGUAUCCAGGAAAGUAAAAAAACAAAUCAUAUUAUUACUGAUAAAAUAAUUCCUAAGGCAUCCACCAGUAAAGAUUGUGCAAGAAAUGAGGUACAUACUCCAGAUGAGUAUGUAAAAGAAAUGAAUAAGAAUGAAGAAGAAAGUUGUAGUCCUAAGAAGUCAAGCCUGAAUUUUGUUGAAGAAGAAUCUGAGGAAGAAUUAUUUUUUUAAUAAUGCAAGUUGAUCUAUUUAUAACUUUUAUUUACAAUUGUACAUAUUUUAAAACACAGAUUGUGCAAUAAAUAAUUGGAAUUAGUAUUUCUUAA